AUGCAGGUUGGUCGGCACGCAACAGACACUACUUGUAGCCUGCUUCUUCCAGCGCUCAUCACACUCACAUCUGCUCUCUCUUCAUCACUUCCUAGCCAACACCUCGCCUCCAUCACCGCCACCAUGCUGCUGAAGACCCUGCCAGUCACCUUGCUUGUGGCCUCGGCCUUUGCACUACCCAAUGUCAAGCGCGACGAGUCCAUUUCGAUCGACAGUACCGGCACCUGCUUCACCAAGUACCGGCACGUACUGUCUACGUCUGCUGAGUUGCCAACCCGCACCAAGACCAUCUCGCAGACUGUCAGCUCCACCAUCACGGCCUGCGGAGGUCAGUCGACCAUCACAACCACCAUAACGCCACACGCCGUGACCGCGACUGCCGAAGGCAACUACCUCAAGCCCAGGCAAGCGGCCUGCUCCACCACCACCACAGUCACGGCCGGCGUCACCACAGCUUACACAGCAUCAUACAAUGGCACCUUGGCGAAGCGCACAGCCAGCCCGCUGGACCUGAAACUCUCACCCGCCAGCUACAAGAGCUUCAAGCCAGACAUGUUCCGCAUCUUCGGCCAGCAAGCAAGGUUGGCCAACGUGCAGCAGGAAGCCGUCAAAGUCGCCUGCCUCGAACAAAUCACCACCUAUGUCUUCACCACCACGACUGUCCUCGAAGAGCCCGCCACCGAGACUAUCACGGCAGAUACACCUACGUUCUACGUCACACCGGUGAGGAAGUUUGUGGAUCCAACAGCACCCUUCCCUUCCUUGGUGACGGGUACAGCACCUGCGGCCGUCGACUCCCCAGGCAACGGGGUUUGCACACAAACAGUGGCAUCAAGUACCACCACACAGCAUCUCAAGUGCGCACCCACGAACCUCAUCUCCGAAGUCAAUGGCUACGGUAUCGGCCAGACCGGCGGUAACUCUGCCAACACGAGAGGUCUUGCUCCUGGAAGUGAUCCUUCGGCAUGCUGCCAGCUUUGCGUGGAUACUGAGGGAUGCGCCGCUUCGGAGGAUGACCCAGACGCGGGCAACUGUUUCUUGUGGUACACUGAGCCAGCCUGCGGUCUGGGCUUCCAAUACUCAGACGGCGGACAAAGGUUGGAGCCUGGAACUGGCUUCAUCGUGCAGACUGGCUGCGGGACAAUGGAGGCUGUGAAGCAAUUUUGA